CUUAGUUAAAAUCAAGCAGCACCGUCUGCAGUUACAGGUCGAAGGUGUAACUCAUAAGGAUUUAACCAAAAAGCUUGACCAAUGAAACGAUGGUUAGUUUCUUUUCAUGUUUUAGGAUUCCCUAACUUGUAAUCUCUGAAACUUAGGACUAACAUAGCUUUCUUUGUUGUUCGAUUUCGUGUUUUUGACAACAAAAUGUGAUGGUGACAGUAAGAGAGACAUAGAUGUAUUGAAUGCAGAUUGGAUCAGUCAGUUGCCUGAGGUUUUGAUUCUGAAGAUACUAUCUCUACUUCCAACAAAAGAUGCCAUAGCCACGAGUGUUUUGUCUAAACAAUGGCGGUUUCUUUGGAUGAUGUUGCCUAAACUCAAGUUUGAUUGUAACGAUCACAAGCCUGUACACGGAACAAAGACAUUUUCAACUAAUGUUUGCAGGUCUUUGCUUUCUUACAAGGCUCCAGUUUUAAAGAGUUUGCAUCUCAAAAUAUGUUUCUCUAGAUGUACUACAAUUGAUGCCGGAAUCUUGAUUGGAAUUGCAUUGUCCCGGAAUGUGCGUAAGCUGGUACUACAAUGUUCAUUACUUGUGACAGUUUUCAAAUUUCCGAGAUGCUUGUUGUAUAACUGUGAAACACUAGAGACCUUGAAGCUCAAGUAUUCGGCUCGUAUCGAUGUCCCUUCUUCGGUUCGUCUGAAAUCCCUUACAACUCUGCACCUUAACUAUGUGGACUUCAAAAACGAUGAAUCCGUCUUUAACCUUUUAUCUGGUUGCCCUAAUCUUGAAAAUUUGAUGGUGCAUCUAUAUUCAAGAAGGGCUUUGAAGAGUUUGAAGAAUUUCAAAAUCGUGGUGCCAUCCUUACAGAGACUAUCAAUUUUUAGUAUUAGUCGUAGACAACAACAUUGGGGCUAUGUGAUAAAUGCUCCUUCUUUAAAAUACUUGAAGGUUGAAGGGAUUUAUGGUCUUGAUUUUUGUCUGAUUGAGAACACACCAAAGCUGGUGGAGGCAAAUAUCAUUGAUGUCUCUGAUAUAAUCAAUGAAAACCUUCUGGAAUCUUUAACUUCAGUCACACGUCUUUCCUUGGCUUUGUCGUCACCCUUGAAGAUUAAGUUUCCUAUCGGUAGCAUCUUCCACCAGCUAAUAUAUUUGGAGCUAUAUACAAAUAAAGAAGCGUGGUGGAACCUUCUUACCCUCAUGCUCGAUAGUUCUCCUAAAUUGCAAUUCCUUAAACUCAUUGAUCCACUGGGUCCGAGAAAAGAUCUUGUGGCUAAUGGGAAAUGGAAUCAACCAAAAAAUGUUGCUGAAUGUUUGUUGCUCCAUCUCGAGACAUUUGUGUGGAAUGGUGACAAAGAGCAACUAGAAGAGGAGAUAGAGGUGGCAAAAUACAUCCUCAAAAAUGCAAUUUGUUUGAAGAAAGCAACUUUCUCCAUAAAAGGCUUUAACGCAGACGAGAGACUUGAUAUGCUUGAGGAGUUGGAAAGUGUGGUCAAGGUUUCGAAUUCAUCAUGCAAACUUGUUUUGUUCUUAAUAAGAGAGUCUCUGUUGUUAUUAAUUUUUAGGGAUUUUUUUUUCGACAGUAAAAAUACGUUAUUAAACUUUGGAUGAAAAAUAGCUAUUGUACAAUGAGGGAUUUAAUCAUUUAAACAUGUAGGAACGAAGAACAACCCACUCAUGUUCUAUUCCUCUCUCUUUU